GAUCCAAUGGAUGCGAUGGAUCCAAUGGAUGCGAUGGAUCCAAUGGAUGCGAUGGAUCCAAUGGAUGCGAUGGAUCCAAUGGAUGCGAUGGAUCCAAUGGAUGCGAUGGAUCCGAUGGAUCCAAUGGAUGCGAUGGAUCCAAUGGAUGCGAUGGAUCCAAUGGAUGCGAUGGAUCCAAUGGAUGCGAUGGAUCCAAUGGAUGCGAUGGAUCCGAUGGAUGCGAUGGAUCCGAUGGAUCCAAUGGAUCCAAUGGAUGCGAUAGAUCCAAUGGAUGCGAUGGAUCCGAUGGAUCCAAUGGAUGCGAUGGAUCCGAUGGAUAUCUAUUUAUGA